AUGUCGUCUUCACCAACUCCCUCAGAACGCGAAGCUGCCGACAAGGCUUCUGCUGCCCGUGAGGCCGAAGAACAGGCCAAGCUUCCCUACAAGUGGAUGCAGACCAUUCAGGAUGUAGACUUGACUGCUCAGGUUCCUGGAAACCUCAAGGCCCGCGACUUCGACAUCAAGAUCACAAAGGACCACCUGCGUGUCGCAAUCAAGGGCCAGGAUCCCAUCAUCGAUGGCGACCUCCCUCACCCCAUCUAUGUCGACGAAUCUACCUGGACCCUAGAAACCACCCCCUCAGGCAAGGAACUCGCUGUCCACCUCGACAAGGUCAACAAGAUGGAAUGGUGGGCCCACGUCGUCAAGAACGCUCCCAAGAUCGAUACCUCCAAGAUUGCCCCUGAGAACAGCAAGCUCAGCGACCUUGAUGGCAACACCAGAUCCAUGGUUGAGAAGAUGAUGUACGACCAGAAGCAGAAAGAGAUGGGUCUGCCCACUUCUGACGAGCAGAAGAAGCAAGAGAUGCUUGAAAAAUUCAUGGCCCAGCAUCCCGAGAUGGACUUCUCCCAAGCCAAGAUGUCGCCGUGA